UACCCUCUUACUUACGUCAUGUGUGAUAUUUGAUCUAAUAGACGAAACACUGAUUCCCUGAGUCAAUCAUACGCGAACCGUCAUGAAAAUACGUUUUAAGACGCGAAUGCCUUUUUCUGUCUUGCACCUGGACUUUUAUUAUGACGUGUCAGCAGGAUAUUGCUUGUUUUUCAGUCUCUUGUUAACGGAGUUUUCAUUGAACCUGCCGAGCAGUAAGAGGGGGGCAAACGGGUUCCCGCAUCCAUUGUUAUUUUACUUUCAAUUUUUUUUAUACCGGAUGACCACAACGCAUCUCUGAACGGGACGCCCAAAGCGGACUACCCACCAUGUCUUCUGAGGAGGAGAGGGGGGUAGUUCGUGUUCAGGUCAAGGUGUUUUAGCAUGUGUUGGUAAAGUUCAAAGUAAUCUUUACAGCCAGAGUCUGUUUCCCAUGCUUGGUUGCAACAUCAACAGAGACUCAACAGGCAGUAAAUCCACCUGAAUAAAUGUGUCACCUGAUUAGAAGUGUGAAGGUGUGUUACCGCCAGAGUUUCGCUCCUUUGCUGUUGAUCCUCAAAUAACCUCACUGGAGGUGUUGCAGCAUAUCUUGAUACGAGCAUUUGAGCUAAAUGGAAAACGCAACUUUGGGAUAAGUUACCUGUCCCGUGACCACGGAGGUGUGGAGGUCUACGUGUCUCUGCUGUCUGACUGGGAUUUAGAUGCAGCGUUUGUCUGUGCUGCAAAGCCUUUUCUCCAACUCAAGAUGGACAUCAGACCAUCAGAGGACAGUCCUGUUUUGGAGGACUGGGACAUAAUCAGCCCUAAGGAUGUGAUUGGCUCAGACCAGCUGCAGGGAGAGAAGAGGUCGUUGGCUUCUGCUGCACUUCCUUUCACACAGUCGCUGCUCUCCCAGGUGGGUCGUACUCUAUCGCGUGUGCAGCAGGCCUUGAGUUGGUCCUAUGGGGAGGAGGUGAAACCAUUCAAGCCUCCCUUAAGUGAUGCUGAGUUCCACAGUUACCUGAACAGCCAAGGUCAACUGACCCGACCAGAGGAUCUUAGACUUCGUAUAUAUCAUGGUGGGGUUGAGCCAUCCUUACGCAAGGUUGUUUGGCGAUACCUCCUUAAUGUGUACCCAGAUGGUCUCACAGGACAAGAGAGAAUGGACUACAUGAAGAGGAAGACAAGAGAGUACGACCAGCUGAAGACCGAAUGGACAGAACGGGUCAGCGCAGAGGACUUGGAGUUCAUCAGGGGAAACGUUCUGAAAGAUGUUCUUCGAACAGACAGAGCACAUCCUUACUAUGCAGGAUCAGAGGACAGCCCACAUCUAACCGCCUUGACAGACAUUCUCACCACCUUUGCUAUUACACACCCACAGGUGUCCUAUUGCCAAGGCAUGAGCGACAUUGCCUCGCCAAUUCUAGCUGUCAUGGACAACGAAGCUCAUGCCUUUAUCUGCUUCUGUGGCAUUAUGAAACGUCUUGAGGGCAACUUUCGCCCUGACGGACAACUUAUGUCCAUUAAGUUCCAGCAUCUGAAGUUGCUACUGCAGUAUUCAGACCCUGAGUUUUAUGCCUACCUAGUCUCAAAAGGUGCAGACGAUCUGUUUUUCUGUUACCGCUGGCUGCUUUUGGAGCUGAAGCGUGAAUUCGCUUUUGAUGAUGCUCUGAGAAUGCUUGAGGUCACCUGGAGCUCCUUGCCACCUGAUCCACCUGAGACAGAAGUGGAGCUUCAAGGGCCACCACAUGAGGCAGAUCAGUCCAAUGGCUCACAGAAUGUCCAUCAGAAUGUGGACAUGGAGGAGAUGGAAGAGAAGCAGAAGGAAAGGCAGAAGAGACGUCACAUGCUAAGACCAUCCCGAGAGGAGGCAGAUGGGGGACGUAGACUCAUUGUAGAGGAGGAGGAGAAGGGGCCUCGGAAGGAAGGUGAAGGAGAGUUCGGUGUAGAUGACAUGGUCAAGAAUGAUGUCACAGCUCCAGUGCCCUCCUUUGAGAAACAGGCAAGUUUUGGGGAAUUCAAGUACUAUAGUGGCCGAAGUGAGGACAGCUUUGAUAUUAAUGAAAACGAUUGCUCUGAUCCUACAUUAUCUCCAGUACAGUUUCAGUCUGCACACUCCACGUUGCCAUUCUCUGUCCGCCAGUCCACAGAGGAAAGUGAGGAUGACCCUGGAGAGCAGAAACCUCUCAUCGGUAAUCUUACGCCGCCUUCUCCAGGACAACGAGACUCUCCCAAUGGUCAAGCAGCUUCCCCAGCAUCAUCUCUUCCUUCUGGUCUACCAAAUUGGAAGAGUAGCUCUAAUCAUUCACAAGAAGCAUCUAAUUCUCCAUCUAGCUGGAGGACGGCAUCUCCCGAUGACCUUUCAAAAUGCACAAUGUCUUCCUCUAGUGGGAACAAAGCUGUGUCUCCUGAUAAACCUCCUGGGGGGUUCACGUCCUCACAAGCUGUAAUAAACGAAACUGGUGCUCAGUCCCCAUCAGUGGUCCCAGGGAAAUCUUUCCUGGCAUCUCCAUCGCAGAGUUACAAUCGUUCGCGUCUCUCUUCUCCGGUUUUAUCCUUCGGCAAAUCCCCAUCUUUGCCCAAAGCGUUUUCCAGCAAUCUUCCCUCACCAUGCAGGCCCACCGGGUCUGUCAUAACCUCUCCAAACACAAACAAACCAGAAGGAGGAGGAAUGAAACCCUGCUCGCUUCCUCCUCCUCAAGAGUUUGGGAAAGGGAAUCCCUUCAUGCUUUUCCUUUGCCUGUCUAUCCUGCUGGAACAUCGUGACCACAUUGUCAAAAACAGCCUGGAUUACAAUGAGCUGGCCAUGCACUUUGACCGUCUGGUCCGUCGCCACAACCUUGGGCGUAUUCUGCAGCGAGCUAAAGCCCUCUUUGCAGACUACCUGCAGAGUGAGGUAUGGGACUCUGAGGAAGGGGAUGAAGUCAGCUUGGACUCCCCAACCACAGCAGCAACAUCCCCCCAGACACCCACAACUAGACCUCCUUUCCUCAAUGUACAGCCCUCUCAGGGUACCUUGCCGAAUUCAACAUAUAAUCUGGCCAAUACCAUUCCCUCUCCAACAACUCCUGUUGCCCUCUCUCCAUCUGAUUCCUGAUCCUGUGCAGUAGUAGAUUAUCUCUAGAAACCAGCUGUGG